UGACUUGGCACGCGGAUCUGCCAGUUCUCGUGGAACUUUGCAAAGAGGCUAUGGUCACUCCACCAUAGGGGGUAAGUGUCAUUUAUAGGGAGCUAGAGAAAAGACAAAGAAGACGCUGUUCGCAAUGACCAAGUACCAGGAGGAAGGCGACAGCGCCCCUGACGACAGCGUGCGAAGGCUCGUGCUCGCCUUUGCCGUGACGGCGUGCCUAUUAUGCGUGGUCCUCGCUCUUUCGGUGUACCGCCGGAGGGAACCUUCGAAGCAAGACGGUGACGACGCCCCCCAGCCCGCAGUGGCGACCGACCCCAAGGUGGCCGAGAGAGCGGCGCGUCGCAGGCGCAAGUUUGAAAUCCUGAGUCGUCGCGCGGCCAAGCAGGAACUCGCCAACCCGUCCCGGGACGAGUGGAUCUACGUGGACGCACAGGGCCGACCGAUGGCGUACCUCACCUCCACGCAGACGGUCACGGUCACGUACAACGGCACCAGCAAGAUCACGGUGACGAACACCACCACGACGGUCACCACCAGCAACGACGCGUACGCGACCUCCACGCGCCGUCGCAGCGGCCAGGCGGCAGCACCGCCUGAACAAUCGCAGCAGCAGCGCCACGCUGUGGCGCUCGGAAGCACCGGUCGCGACGGGGUCCUGCUCCGCGACGACAGCGAGCCACAGAAGGAUCGCAAAGCCAAGACCGCUGCGCGCCGUUGACGAACGCUCCGAGAACUAUACAGCGGACAGUUGGACACGUGCGGUGUGAACGAUUUGCUUUUUUUGUCCUUGUCUCUCGUGUGCAUUAUUGCAAAGUUAUUGCCUUCUGACUUGUGUGAGAUGAUCUCUUUCUAUGCUUCGUUUUAGUAAAAUAAGGAACUGUCUCUUUUAAAAGAA